AAAUAAUAUGUACGUGCUAAAAAAAUAAUUUUUCUACGAAAAAAUUACAAAAAUUUUUUAUAUUUUCCGAAAAAAUAUAAUAAAUUUUCGUGUAAUACAAACAAAGAAGGUUUAGUAGAAGUACAAUAAACGAAAGAAAAUAUAAAAUGUUUCGGUUGAAGGAAAAAAUUAAAUGUGUUUUCUAUUGCGUGGCGUUGCUAAUAACAUGGGGAAGACUCCAAAUGGUUGUUGGAAUAUCGGAUCCCGGUAUAACAGAUUUUACAUUAACACCGAAAUUAAUAACUGAACGAGAAAUGAGACCAUUAUUGGCAAAUACUAAAAUUUAUGUGAAAAUUGAAUGUCAAACUAACAGUGAAAAUUCUUUUAAUAUACAAGUAUCCUGGUCAUUGGUGGAACGACAAUGUUGGUUUGAUGCACCAGAUCUCCAAAAAGCUUAUAUUGAUUUUGACAAUCAACAAAGAGCACAAAAUCAGUCGUCACAGUUGGAAAUUAAAGGGCAACUCAUCACCACAUGUCCAAAUCAUAUAAUCGUAUUGGAAAUACCCAACAAUGGUGACGCGUCAAAUAGCGCUUUAAAAUCGACAACGGUAUCAAAUCUACCAAGUAAAUCAAAUAAUGUGGCUUUAACUGCCAAAUCACCAGUUGAUAAUUUAAAGAAUUCAAAACAUCCAUUUUCACCUACAAAUAAAGUAUUUUACACGGUACAACAUGAUGGUAUUUAUGAAAUAUCAAUAACAAUUGAUGCUAAACAGGACCACAUAGAAUAUUCAGCACCAGUACAUAUCGAAAUGCUGGGCCCGUAUGGUUAUAUAUCAGCUACAGAUUUUCCCUUUUUGCCGUUUUACGGCAUAAUGUGCGUUGUUUAUGUCAUAUUUGGUAUCAUCUGGUUGGCGGUGUCAUUUAUGCAAUGGCGUGAUUUAUUACGUAUACAAUUUUGGAUUGGCGGUGUCAUACUAUUGGGCAUGUUGGAAAAGGCAUUCUUUUAUGCCGAGUAUCAUUCAGUAAAUGCUAAUGGUAUUUCUGUACCAGGGGCAGAGCUAACAGCUGAAUUUGUGUCAUGUGCCAAGAGAACUUUAGCUCGUAUGUUAGUGAUCAUUAUGAGUUUAGGGUUUGGUAUUGUAAAACCGCGUUUGGGUCCCAUGUUGCAUCGUGUGGUUGGUGUCGGCGCAUUGUAUUUCCUUUUGGCUUGUGUUGAAAGUUAUUUGCGUGUUAUGCGUAAUAAACCAGAUAUACAAAAUGAACUAUUAGUGGCCAGUAUACCAUUAGCUGUUUUAGAUACGGGCAUAUGUUGGUGGAUAUUUACCUCAUUAGUCCAAACAACCAGAACUUUACGCUUGAGAAGAAAUAUGGUUAAACUUUCGCUGUAUAGGCAUUUUACGAACACUUUGAUAUUUUCUGUUAUUGCCUCCGUUAUAUUUAUGCUGUAUGCGUUGCGUUUACGUAAAGCUGAAAAUUGUACUCCAGGCUGGCGUAAUAUUUGGAUUGACACAGCAUUUUGGCAUAUUUUAUUUUCGGUUUUAUUAUUGGUCAUUAUGAUUUUGUGGCGCCCUACAAAUAAUAAUCAACGUUAUGCUUUUACUCCUUUACUUGAUAAUCCAGAAGAUGAGGAUGAUGAUGAAGAGGAUCAAUUCGUUGCCGAUGUAUAUGGUGUAAAAAUGCGUGGCUCCAGCAACGGAGCCAGAACUCCACCUUCGAAUCAGAAAACCACAACUAACGAAGAAGAUGACUUACGAUGGGUGGAAGAUAACAUUCCCGAAUCAAUGGCUGACGUUACUCUACCGGCUCUGGAUUCGGACGAAGAAAUCAUAAAUACUAAAUUUGAAGUUUCAAAAAUGCAAUAAAGCAUAGAAAUAAAUAUAAAAAA